AUGGCAUCUUUAAGAGGCCGAGUCUCGCCCCUGCCCCCUAGAAACGAUGCAUACUGGUUCGAUGAUGAGAUGGAUGAUGACGAUGGGCGGCCCAUCUCUCCCAUGUCUGAUCGAAACCUGCAUCGAUCGGGAACUCAUUUCCUCCGUUUUUUCCCGGAGCUCUCCUCUCAUUUCACACUCGCAUCUCCAACAAUUGCAACUCCGCAGACGAUAGACUUUCCUCGCCCCGACUCGCCCACAGAGUAUGGCCUGGAACCUCACUGCUUGCCGGAGUCUGCAAGACAAACAUCAUCUUCGUUGUCGUCAAAUGAGCUAUUCGAUCGUGCCUCGUCGUGCUACAGUUGUCGAUCAUCCGUGACCAGCCAGAGUUCUGACGCCGGCAAGUCUGCGUCUAACCCCACAGAGACAUUCUCCGAAAUGUCCCCUGCAGUUGCAGGUGUAUUCGAUGAUAGUGCACCUAUGCGGCACGCUCCUCACAGCCCGUUAAAGAAAAUGCCGACCUUGGCGGAGUUGAAGGAUAAGCCGCUUCCCUUGGAGCCGAUAAUUCAAUUAGCUCCAUUGUCGUUCCGACACAAUGCUCGAGAUCAGCCUCAAGGGCGAAGCGUGGCCAUCAUCCGACUCUCUCUCUCCCAAGCAGCCGAGGAUCUGGAAAACGCUCUUGCUGGGCUUGGGGACAAGCCUCUUCCAUCGUCGAAACCGUUGUAUGUACUCGACGAGCCCUUGCAGAUAAGCCGGGGAAACAUGGACAUGAUUCCUACCCGAAGAGCACCUCCACCCCCCAUUGAUGUGCAGCGAAGUCAACAGUUACGCAGUGCGAAAUCACGCGAGGAUUUGAAACCGAAGAAGACACCUAAGAAUAAAGCACCGUUCUCGUUUACUUUGCCCGGUUUCGGUCGCAAGGCUAACCGACUUGACACGCGAUCACCCAGCAGUUGCGAUAUGAGGUCAGAAGCCGGGUCACCGUCACCAGUGGUCCGUGAGGAAGUGUCGACACCUACGAAGUUCGAGGAAAGAUAUAAUUCGAUGGAACUCCCAGUAUUUAUGAAGUUCGAGUCUCCACCGCCGCCACCGCCGCCGUCGUCUUUCUACACUAGCGAACAGGAAUUGCGUCUGCAACUUCCUCGCCUGCAGACUGACGAAAUCGAAGGGAUGUACUCAAGAUCUCCCAGCCGCGCAGGAAACAUGACAAACGGUAGCACCAGCCCAGCCCCAAUAUUAAUACUCGAGAGAGACCAAGACGAUGCCUACGAGGAGAAAAUAUUUAUUUCAUCUAGCAAGGACACGCAUUCGAAUACUAAUGGUGCGUCUUAUGAUCAAGAAACAAUGCAGAUCCUGGACAUGAUCUACGAGCUCGAUGGAGACUACCCCGAGCUGCGAGUUGACCCUGCCCCUGCUAUCUCAGUCCGUGGAUCAUUGGUGACCAUGCCCGCUAAUCUACCCGACAAGAUUGUUCUUACAAUCCUAGAACAGGCGUGUUCACUCCCUGAUCUCUUUCAUCUUGCGGUUGUUUGCAAACAAUUUUAUCGUAUUUUCAAGGACCAUGAACUGCGGCUGAUGAAAUCUGUUGUCUUUACAAUGUCCCCACCGGCGUGGGAAUUGCGCGAAAUGAGCCCGGCUUGGGAUAGCGAAUGGCAGAUCCUAGUCGAUCCCGACGCUCCGGUGCCAGACUAUACCCCCUCCCUUUAUCUGCAACGCUACGCCCAAGAUAUAUUUACGCUCGUCCAAAUCAAAGGCCUUAUAUUAGCUCGAUGCGAUACUUUUGUUCGGCCGGAGACAAAAGGCGGUCUCUUGGGUACCGAUGAGUCCCGGGCAAUGGCGAUCGAUGACGCCUUUUGGCGCAUCUGGACGUUCUGCCGUCUUUUUGGUUGUGGAAAGAAUAGAGAAGGUGAUAUUGUUGGCCAGUUGGACUGGAUAGAUGGAGGUAUUGCAGCCAUGGAUAGACGCACCUCCACGUCCAUGUCCGUCACUGAUCCAUUUGGCACGAACAGUGCUCUGUUCGAUCCCCCGGAUGGGUUUGCAGAAGGUAACAAAUGCGGUUUGUCGCAAGAUCAACUGUACGAUAUGACGGAAAUGUGGACUUGCAUGGGCGUACUGCUCCAACCACUUCAUGGCAAGUGCCGAGAGGCACGGGACGCUGGAAUAUUUGACGGCCAUGGUGUUCCAGAAAACGAUGCUGUAGAGGAGGCAGUCCUGGAAGAGUGGACUUACUACGUUCUAUCGCUUGGACCUUCAGCAGUCUUGAAUAUUGGAUUGACAUGCUCCACAGGAAAUGUCACUGAGGCCUUCCAAAAAGCUCGCUCGCUGGGUUUGACAAAGUGGGAGCUGGACGAGUCAGGUGUCGGUCGGUCCAACUUUCUAAAAGAGGCUGUCUCGAGGGCUUAUAGGCCUCGGGAGGACCUUCUUCUAGGAACAUCACGACUGUCAAAAGACAGCUCGCGGCCGUCAAGUUCUCGCGGUCAUCAUUCGCGGGCAAGCACUGACUCCAAUGGGAGCAAGUCUCAAAUCCCCAACCAUCGUCGAAGACAAGCUGUUUAUGCUGAACAACUUCGAAACCGGAGAAGAGACCAACAAGGCCAUAGCAGCCAUGCUUUAUCAAAUGAGCGUCCGAUCUCGAACUAUGGCGUGAUAAUGAAUCACUUGGAGGGUCAGCCACACGAGCGGCUUCCGCCACUGGCUGCUUCAGGUGAAAGGGCAUCUCCGAGGCCUUCCUCCGGUGAACAGUAUACGCAGCGUCUCCGGGUCCCUCGACCUGUUGCUUCGUCCCAGCCGCAGGUCCGCGAUCCCGUCGACCAAGCCAUCGACAUGAUGGUCGGUGAGCUCGGCUUUAAUGUAGACGACGCCAAGUGGGCAUUGAAGAUCACCGAUACAGGGGAAGGGAUUGAUGUCAAUUCCGCGGUGGCACUGCUGAUGAGGGGGCACAGGAACUGCGAGCUUAACAGGGACAUGUCCCAACAAUCGCAGCCCAGCAGUCUUUUAUCGACAGUUAUGGCCAGCCCGGCAUCUGGGUGGAGGUGGACCUGA